ACAUAAUUACUCCUCUCUCUGUCCUCCACGCAAACCCCAAUACAAACAGGGGUGCUCUUCCAACAGAGGCCAGAGACCACCUUUGCCACCAAUGUAGAGAAUGAGGAGGAAGUGGAGUUCUCAUUCAUUAAAGGGUAAAGGGGGAAACCAAGUCCAGUAUGUCAAAAGGUACCUUUUCUUUGUUCUUUCUGUUCAAAUAUGUCAGAUUUGAAUCUAUUACACAAGCAAUUACUUUAACAUGUGCAAAGUAUUAACUGUGAAGUUAUGUGAUUAUCUGUGAAGGAAAAUAUGCUGCAUGAAGACAACAGAAUCAUUCACUCACUGGAUGCAAUCCAACCAUCUCAACUGACAUAACCAUUUUAUUGAUGUCCUUGUUUCUUGUCAAUGAAGUUAGUUGGAGAUGAGAAAGGCCUACCUUGCCAAAUCAUAUCUGACUGCAUGUAGAAUAACUAUGAGACCUCACCUCAGUUCCCUUAAAUGGGGUUUGGCAGUAAAUCAUGUGCGUAAGCAGCAACAUUCUUCAGCAAAUGUUAACUGAUUCGUCUACUUGACGCAAGGUCCUACCCGCUGCGCACGCACGGAGCAGCUCGAGCUUCUUUUACCAUCGAGUAUGAGCAUCCUCAUCAUCAGACAGGAUUUAAGAGCGCGUUCUAAAACUCGUUGGGAUGUUUUUAUUGCAUUUGGAUACAUAUGAUUUUAAAUGAAAUACAGAUUUUUUUUUAACCACAUCAAACCAACUAGCCGAUUCACUUCUACCCCAGUCUUUAACUCUGAGAAAACCUUUUAAGGGUUUUAGUCUAAAGAUGUCACUGAUGUUUGGGAAAGCAAGGAGUUGUAACUUCUCUGCUAUCCCUGAGGGGGGACAACCUGAGGUCAAUGUGGUCGUCCUUGGAGUGAGGGGCUCAGGAAAAUCAGCGUUGACUGUCAAAUUUCUCACCAAGCGCUUCAUCAGUGAAUAUGACCCCAAUCUAGAGGAUACUUACUCUUCUGAGGACAUGGUGGACCAACAGCCUGUCGUUGUGAAAGUUAUGGACACAGCUGACCAGGACGGCCCAGUGAACUGUGAGCGCUACCUCUCGUGGGCCAGUGCCUUCCUUGUGGUCUACAGCAUAGACAAUAGACGGAGCUUUGAGGGCUGCCAACAGUACCUGGAGGCCGUCACGGUCCACACCAAGGCCCUGCAGCCCAAGACCCCCAUUAUACUGCUGGGCAACAAGCUGGACAUGGAGAGAUACAGGCAGGUGAGUAAGUUGGAAGGCUCGGCCCUCGCCUCCCGUUUCGGCUGCCUGUUCUUCGAGGUGUCUGCUUGCCUGGACUUCCUGUCUGUCCAGCGGGUCUUCCAUGAAGCCGUGAGGGAGGCCAGGCAGGCGGGCGGCAAAAGGAGCCCCCUGUUACGCCCCCUUUACAUCAGUGAGGAUAACAAGCCAUUGUUCAGCCUCGCCACCGUGCCCCCGUUCACCACCCCCUGCUACAAGGAGCUCCCAGUGCCCGCCACCGCCAAGCUGGUGACGGUCAAGUCGUCGCGGGCACAGAGCAAACGGCGGGCACCCACGCUGACGCUGCUCAAGGGCUUCAAGAUCUUCUGAUGAGUCGAUGGAGAAUGAGACCAGAUUUAAAGACUGGAAAUUUGAGACUUGUCUCAAACUUGUGCUCAAAGACUUGAGACUUAUGCUCAAACCUUGAGACUUAACUUGGACUUGUGCCAGAGACUUGAGACUUAACUUGGACUUGUGCUCAGAGAUUUGAGACUUGACUCUGAGUGUCUCAUGCUCGAAGACUUGAGACUCAACCUGGACUUUCCUAAAGUGACUUAUUGACAAGUCUGCCAUAGUGGCUUACAACAUGGACAAGUGAGAGAACUUUGAAAUAGGUUAUGAGAGACAAUGGACUGUGUCAAAUGUGAAAAGCAGAACAAAAUGGAGACAGAAUAACAUACAACCAAGCCAUCAACAUACUGUAUGCAGCAGAAGCUGUCUUGGUGGAUAUCACCAUCACUAAGUUGGAGCGUGUACCAAAACGUCAUGAUGACUUACUGCACCUUCAAGUGAAGAGAAGGAACAGUAAUUAUCAGAGCUCCUUGAGAGAUGGACAGUAAUGGACUGGUGUUUAAACUGUCAUUGUGAAUGUUGAAUUUAUAUUGCCAAAGUUUUCAAAGUUUGUCUUGAAGUCAGUUACUGGGACAAGUUAUGUUAGUUUCCAAAUGUAUUGUAUUGCCAAAUGUAUUGUGGUGAUUGGAGUGCUUGUGAUGGUAUGUUCACUGUAGUGUAGAUUGAUAACACUAUGCACAUGUAUUUUUAUAUACAUUUUAAUGAGCUUUAAAGGAAAACUAAUUUGAUCGAAUGAAGACAUAUUUUGUUAAUGUAGAGACAUGUUUUAAGUUAAUUGAUGUUGUAACACAAAGUAGCAAUUCAAUCUUUGAGUUAAAGGCCCAGUGCAGUCAAAAUUCAGUUUUUCUGUGUUUUAUAUUAUAUUGUACAACAGUUGAUGGAACUAACGCUCUAAAAGUGUGAAAAAAUGUGAUCAGUGUUAUUUCCUGAUAGUUGCUGGUUUCUAAUCAGCAGGUUUGCAUGGCCGGGAGGUUUGGCUUUCCAUGGUGACGUGCGCCAAUUUUAAUGGAAAUCUAUUACAGUAAGGUACUUAAUUGCUACCCAGUAAUGAUUUGAUAUUGAUACCAAAACAACUGCAUUGGGGCUUUAACUUCAUAUAUACAUCGUUUGCACGAGUUGUGGGCGCCCUCCUCAGGCUCAUCAGUGUAACAACUGUUGCAUUUUUUGUAACUUAAAACACAGUUUUAUACUAUUGUAUGCUAAUGCCAUCCCAACCAAAAUGACAAAACACAACUAUUUUGAUAUGAACAGUUUUAUUUCCUUAUUGUAAAUACUGCAAUUAGUGGAAUGCUUUUAUAACACAAUGAAAAUCUAUCUUACAUAUGGAGAGGUGGUAUGAUGACAAAAGUUAACCCACUGAAUUCUGUUUUCUGUCCAAAACAUCUAUAUGUGAAUACUCUCUCACAAGAGCUUUCCACUAUACUCACAACAAGAUUAUUAGAGUUUGGAUUAUAUUAGGAUCCCCAUUAGCUGAUGCCAUGACGUCGGCUAAUCUUCCUGGUGUCCAGCAUUAUAACUAAAAAGACUUUAAAAAUAGAAUUACAAAAGAGAUGUAUAAAGAGAAGUUUGAUCUUCCAAUCUUAAUGUUAUCUCAGACCAUGUUUAGUUGCCUUUUAGUGUUUCCCAAGUAGACUACAUUUGAAUAGCUUAUGACACAUGGUUUAUACGUGUUCCUACAUACUGUCAAGUGACAUAGGAAAACUGUUCACUACACUAUAAACAACACGUUGCACUUCUUCAUGACCAAAAAACAACAUUUACAAACUAUUUGGUAUCUCAAAUAGUUGGUUGCGAUGUUUUGACGGCCAGCAAUGUUUACAGUAGAUGUAUAUUCCAAAGUACUUGUGAAUGAUGACUGUGAUACUGCACAUCUUGUACACAGCAUUAUUUGUAGUAGUUGUAUACCCUUUUCACACUACUGAGCCAAGUCAAGCUGUACUGCGCUGGCAUGGUUACGCAUCCACCAAUAAAAUAUCUGAGCCAGCACAGUACGGUCUGGCUCAGCAAAGUAGUGUAAAAAGGGCAUUACAGUAACUAAACAGACAGUGGUUGUUUAAGUUACAGGUAAAAAUAAAACAACUUAAAAUGACA